GUCUAAACUGGGACUGUUUUGAUUGUUUUUGGUAAUUCAAUCAUAAGUUUGAAAAAAUUAACGCAUUUAAUUUACUAAUUUAAAUAAAUAUGUCCGAAAAAAUUAGCACUUUUCCUCCAUGUCUACAACUAAUCUCCUGUUAUUGUUUUGUUUUUUUUUGAACAACAAAAAUUCCCCACAGCCCGUGAACGCAGCUUAAUGCGAGAGAACUUUUAUAUUGAGCCAGAUAUCACGUGACGGCAAAGCAGCAAUUCGAUUGGCUCAUAUCUUCCACGUGACAAUUAAGAAGGCGUGUGAUUGGCUCCUCGCCGCAUCCAUUCCAUUUUUUCCCGCAACAAACAAGUGUUGAAGUGUGACGGACUUUAUUUUAGCUGCGAAAAUGACGAAAAGAGCCUGUCCGUUCCCCGAAACCUUCUCCUCUCAGUACAAAGUACACAUAAGGCAACAGGAGCUCAACAACCUCGGCGUGUUUGGGAACCAAUACAGGCAGGAAACCUACGAGAAGACAAAGAACCUGCUCUUUAUGGGAGCCAAAGCUGUGAUGGGCAGACUCUGGACCGGAGAGGAGAAGUCCACGGACCCGCAGUCAGCAGGACCAGCGGAGACACCUUCAUGUAACCAGACCCUGCUGCGAGGACAGACACUCAUCGGACACGAUGGGAGACUGACGCGAGUCAACGCUGCAGCAGGUGCACCAGCGGCCCCUGCAGGCUGCUGUGUUUGUCAGAAGAGCCAAGGCUCCAGGACUCCGUGUUCCCAAUGUGACCGUCCAGUGUGUUCCUCCUGUACCCGACAGUGCUCGAGCUGCUCCAGCCUCUGCUGCUCUGUCUGCACCAUCAUAGAUUACAGCGGACAAUAUGAAGAGGUACUGUGCUGCAGCUGCUCAACAUAAAGGACUGAUCAGGAGUUUGUUUGACUAUGUAUCUAAUGUAUAUGUAGUUAACUCACAUGAGAUAUUACUAAAACUGCAUUUUAUACCUGUGAUGUUUUUUUUUAACGAUAUGAUCCAGAUCUUUAUUGUAUAUGUGUAUAUGUAUUCCCUUUCAAAGGUAACUGAAAUAAACUUGAACCAUUUUGUA